AUGUCGGGUGUGGAACAUUUCCCUAAAAAAUAUGUUUCAAGAAGAUGGACAAAGGAUGUGGUGCCGAGAUCAGCAAGCGGAUAUAAUACGUGCCAGUUUCCUACAAAUGAUGCAAAUGAAGAUUUUAAAGCAAUGAUCUGGGACAUAUACUUUUCAGUUGAUUAUUGUGUUGAUCGGCUAGUUUCUAAUAUGGAAAACCUAAAGUUAUAUAGACAGAAAGUAAAGGAGUUGACGAAAAAUGUUGAAGAAGAAACACGAAAUGCACGACCCAUGACGAACACAGCCUUCAUCGGAUCGGUACUUGGUGUUGAGAAGAGAGAUAAAGUAACAGUUAAAAUUCCAGAAGGAAUCAGAAACAAAGGUAGUGGCCCGAUUAAGAAAAGGAUGAUAGGACAAAAAGAGACUGUGAUUGUGAAUGCUAAAAAGGGUUCGAGAAAAUGUGGACGAUGCGGAAAGUAUGUUGAUCAUAAUACUCGCACUUGCCAACAAAAAGCUAAUGUUUCUACUUCUAAAUAG